UGAUAUACUCUAGAACUGUAAAGGGGAACAAAAUUACACACAAAUAUAUACAGACUAUAUAUAUACUAAUAUUUCUACAUUUUCUUUGAAACGCCAUCAAUGGCGGGCGUUUUCACAGCCCUGAGACUGAGACGAAACAAUUCUUCGUUUUCCUCUUCUUCUUCUCCUUCUUCAUUGAUUCACUCAUCUCCAAACGCAUACGCUUCCUCCGGCGUUCUCUUUCUGCUUACUCUGCUCUCUUUGUCUCUGGCGGCCUUCGCGUUCUUCUUGCAAUGGCGGGGCGGGUUGCCUGACCUCCGGUGUCCCGGACCGGUUCUCUCCUCGUCGGAGCCCCAGGGAAUUCUGGGUCGGAGCCGGAAGUUGUCGUUUCCGUACUACAGAGAUUGGAAGAUCAAGUUUGGGUCGUCUGAUCUUCUGCCCAAGAUAUGCAUCACUACAAGCACCUCAGCAGGGUUGGAUCAGACAUUACCUUGGAUAUUUUAUCAUAAGGUUAUGGGCAUAACUACAUUUUUCAUGUUUGUGGAGGGUAAAGCUGCUUCUCCUCACGUUUCCAAUGUCCUAGAAUCCAUCCCAGGAGUAACUGUCAUCUACAGAACAAAAGAACUUGAGGAGCAGCAAGCAAACAGCCGGAUUUGGAAUGAAACCUGGAUAAGGGAUUUGCUUUAUAAACCAUGCAACUAUGAGUUAUUUGUGAAGCAGACCUUGAAUAUGGAAAUGGCCAUUGUCAUGGCUAGGGAAGCUGGUAUGGAUUGGAUAUUUCAUUUGGACACUGAUGAACUUGUACACCCUGCUGGAAGUGGUCCGUUUUCUGUGCAACAGCUUCUCUCAAUUCUUCCUGCAGAGGUUGAUACAAUUGUAUUUUCUAAUUAUGAGAGCAGUGUGGAGAGGGAUGAUAUAAAGGAACCUUUUAGUGAAGUCUCAUUGUUCAAGAAGAAUCGUGACCACAUUGAAGUAGAAGCUUAUUCUAAACAUUACCAGGAAACAUGUCAUGGCACUUCCACCUUUUUCUUGACUUAUGCGAAUGGGAAAUCAGCUGCCAGAAUCCAAGAUCAUCUUCGUCCCAAUGGCGCUCACAGAUGGCAAAACUACAUGAAAUCAUUAACGGAGGUUAAGUUCGAUGAGGCUGUGGUCCUACACUACACGUAUUCCAAGUUCUCGGAUUUGACUUCAAGACAUGCUCGUUGUGGUUGUAAGCCUACAAAGGAGGAUGUUAAAAGAUGCUUCUUCCUUGAAUUUGACAGAGAUGCAUUUAUAAUAGCUUCAACUGCAACAGAAGAGGAAAUGCGUUACUGGUACAACGAGCACGUCGUCUGGAAAGAUGAAGAAACCAAGCAUAAACUCCUCAAAGGCGGCAUCUUUACGCGCAUAUAUUCACCCAUGGUUAUAAUCAAGCAUCUGCGAGAAUCUGGAGUUUUCAGUUCUGUGAUUGCAGAGGCUUGGGCUAACAAAAACAAUAAUGCAUCCAGACAUGGGGGAUUCUGGGAAACUUAUUCUAGGAAGUUUGGUCGUUUGUUUGGAUCUCAUCUGACUUCUGGGAAAUAAUUCAACAACCUGGGAGAACUCAAGUCGAGAAAAGUUGACCCGGAAUCAGCCCCUAUGGAGCAUGGUUUCUGAAGAGACGACUGCAAUAUAGUGUUGUUGAAGAGGGUAGAGACUAGAGAGAUGAGAUGUUAAUGUAAUUUUUGACAGAUUUGUACAUUACCAAGGUUACAUAGAGCUAUAUAAGCAUUCUGAUUUUU